CGUGCUCUUAAAAGAGAACGGAAAGACCCCCACCCUCCAACCCCGACCCCCAUGCUUUACCUUUUAAAACUCUUGUUCGGGCUGGGCGAUUGGGUCUGGAACGUUCUGUGGGUGAAAGCGACUUAGUUUGAGCGGCGAAGCCCGACAGGGGUCGGCAGCCUUGAAAGGCACCGCUCUGACCUUUUGUAAAAGUUACUCGGGCUGCGGCUGCGUGCUGCGGGUUGAUCCCUCGAACCUAUUAAAAGCUAUUUACACGGGAAAUUACAAGAGUGGAGAAAACGUAGGGAAAAGCCGAGCUUUUGUGGUGGUUUUGGAUCAGUGGAAUUACUUUGUUUCAUUGGACCGUCUACCGUCCGCCUAUUUGAGUUUUCAAGCAGGUGACAUCUAAAGGCACUGGUUUAAAUCCUAAUGCCAAAGUAUGGCAAGAAAUUCCUUCUGGAAAUCCAGAUGGCACUCCUGUAACGGAAAGCACUUGGCAUGAAACUGCAGCCACAUCUGGAUCUCAUCCUGAGGGUAAUCCAGAACUUUCAGAAGAUAUGUGCAAGGAGUAUGAAGUCAUGUAUUCUCCUGCUUGUGAAACCACUGGAAAUACUACAGACAUCGAAGAGUCAGCUGAGGGAAUGAUUUUAGGACCAGAAGAUCUGAGUUACCAAAUAUACGAUGUUUCUGGAGAAAGCAAUUCAACAAUUUCUACAGAAGAUUUAAAAGAAUGUCUGAGAAAACAAUUAGAGUUCUGUUUUUCACGAGAAAAUUUAUCAAAGGAUCUUUACUUGAUAUCUCAAAUGGAUAGUGAUCAGUUCAUCCCAAUAUGGACAGUUGCCAACAUGGAAGAAAUAAAAAAACUGACCACAGAUCCAGAUUUAAUUCUUGAAGUGUUGAGAUCUUCCCCUAUGGUACAAGUUGAUGAGAAGGGGGAGAAGGUGAGACCCAGUCAUAAGCGUUGUAUUGUAAUUCUCAGAGAAAUUCCUGAAACUACACCAGUAGAGGAAGUGAAAGCUUUGUUUAAAAAUGAAAACUGCCCAAAAGUCAUAAGCUGUGAAUUUGCACACAACAGCAAUUGGUAUAUUACUUUCCAGUCAGACACGGAUGCGCAACAGGCCUUUAAAUAUUUAAGAGAAGAAGUUAAAACAUUUCAGGGCAAGCCAAUCAUGGCAAGGAUAAAAGCCAUUAAUACGUUUUUUGCUAAGAAUGGUUAUCGAUUAAUGGAUUCUAGUCUGUAUACUCAACCCAUUCAGACUCCAACCCAAUAUCCCUCACCAGUGUUUAUGCAGCCAGUGUAUAACCCUCAUCAGCAGUACUCAGUGUAUAGUAUUGUGCCUCAGUCUUGGUCUCCAAGCCCUGCACCCUACUUUGAAACACCACUGGCUCCUUUCCCUAAUGGUAGUUUUGUGAAUGGCUUUAGUUCACCGGGAUCUUAUAAAACAAAUGCUGCUGCUGUGAAUAUGAGCCGACCAUUCCAAAAAAAUCGUGUGAAGCCUCAUUUUAGGUCAUCCAGUGGUUCAGAACACUCAGCAGAGGGCUCUGUGUCAUUGGUGGAUGGACCAUUAAGCAGAUCUAGUUCAAGGAACUUUCUCUCUGAAAGGCAUAACUCUACAGUAACAGGGAGUCAAGAACAAGCUUAUCUUCCAAAGGAAGCUCCCAUUUUACAGAUGGAACAGAAUGGGGACCUUGUUAGAGGCAGGAGGGCUCUUUUCAGAGGUCGAAGGCGAAGAGAUGAUGACAGGGUCCCAAGACCUCAGCCUUCAACAACUGAAGUGAAGGCUCCAACACCAAAGUUUGACUUACUAGCUACAAAUUUUCCUCCCUUACCUGGAAGUUCGUCAAGAAUGCCAGAUGAGCUUGUUCUGGAGAAUAGAAUGUCUGAUGUUGUUAAAGGUGUCUACAAAGAAAAGGACAAUGAAGACUUGAGAGUUAGUUGCCCAGUUCCUGCAGAGGAUGAACAGGCAGACAGUGCUUCUGCCCAGCAACUCAGCAGAAGUCCCGAUCCUUCGUGUCCAACUGAGCUUCCUGUGUUAAGCACAACUCAGCAAGAAAAGGAUCAACUGGAGGAUUCUACAGUUCCAAAGGAUGUUCUCAGUCAGAUGACCGUACCAGUUUCUUCUCCAGCUACUGCAAAGCCAUCAAGGGCAGACACUGCUUCACCUUGCAAUAGUAACAUCAUUGCACCCACCGCUGUGAAUCUACAGGAACCUCGAAAGUUAAGUUAUGCUGAGGUGUGUCAGAAGCCUCCUAAAGAGCCAUGUCCAGUUCCUGUCCAGCCGCUCCGGGAACUGAGAUCCAAUGUUGCGUCUCCCAGCAGAAAUGAAGAGAACGGAUCUCCUGAGAAGCCUGUUGAAAAAACCUAUGAGAAACCAGAACCAAGGGCUAGUAAGGAUCAUUCUGGCUUCCGCAGCAGUGCCGUUCCCAGGGGAGCAGCUGGAAAAAUCAGGGAACAGAGACGGCAGUUUAGCCAUAGGGCUAUACCUCAGGGAGUGACUCGACGUAAUGGGAAAGAGCAGUUUGUGCCACCCAGAUCACCAAAGUAAAACACAACCGUAACAGAAGCUACUCAGAAACUUCUCUCUUCCCACUAAACUUGAGCCUAUAUUGAACUGUCUUGGAGGGGAGGAAGUAGCCAGGAAAGAUGGGAAGUAUGUCCUUAAAUUCCUUAAAUAUUAUGGAUUUUGGAAUUGUAAGAGGAACCCAAAAUUCAUCUCGAAAUGAUUUUCAAAUGCUGGAGGAUUCCAAUCAGUAUAAAUAUAUAUAAAUAUAUAUAUACACACAUAUAUAUAAAUAUAAUUUUUCUAUUUUUGUUUUUGAUUUUAAUUUGCAGGGAUUUUCUGCCUGGAAUCAAUUUUGAAGGUUCAGAUUUAGCUUGGGAGAGAAAACAAAAAAACAUUAUACAUCCUUCAGUAUAGGAGAUGAGGGAGUGAGAGAAAAUAUUUUUUGAAGAAACAUUUCUGUAAAAAUUAGAAAUUACUUUUUUUAAUCUAUUUAAAGUUUGGCUUGAAGAAUGCCGUCUCUGACAAAUGGCCUUGUGUUGCAAAGCAGAUCAGUGGCUGGGGAUCUGUUCUGGGUGUGAGUGUGUGCAAAGUGAUUGAAGCCAAAUCUGUUGUCGUGUUAGUAAAUGAUUUAAAAACUGAAUGUAAUACUUGAGUAGACUUUUGUAGUUUGGAAUUUAGUUUGUUUUUUGACAUUACUAAUAUUGUAUUGUAUUGAGCUAGCUAUUAAGCUUGAUUGUGUGUGAAGCUGUGACUACCAAUCAGUUUGAUUUUCAAGAGAAGAAUAGAGAUUAUUCAGAAACAAUUGAAAAUUUCUGUUUUAGACCUGAAUACUGGAUAGGUCAAAUAGAUUUCAGAGGUUCAAACUGCCCUGUGACUUUUUUUUAAAAACUUUUCUCUUUAAAAUGGGAGACAAUUUUUUUUCUUACUUGUUUGUUAGUCUCUGUUCUUUGACUCUUCACCCCCAGAAGCAAAAUAACAACCAUUUCCUGUGGUUUCUCACUACUUUGACCAAUUUAAUCAAAUCAUACAACUAUCCUAAACAUUAUAAUGGAUUACUGAAAGAUUUUAUUCUUCUAUUAAAGCAAUUUGAAUUUUAGAUCCCAGGAUGGUGCUGGCCUGCCAUUAAUUUAUUUGUAUUGGUGUUUAAAAUGAAGCAGAAUGCUUUUGGUUGUGGUGGCGUACAUCUCCAAUCCCAGCUUCUGAGGUCUAUGCCUGCCUGGUUUACAUGAGAUCCAGUCUAUCCAAGACUACCUAGUGAGAGACCCUCUUCCAAAGAAAUUAAAAAUAUAUAAGAAAGACAAAACAAUGUAACUGAUUUUAAGUGGUAUGUAAGAAAAAAUUUCAAAAUCUAAUUUGGGGGACUUCUUUUUCUUUUUACAGUGUUUAUCAUCUUUCUUUCCCCUCCUUCCCUAAAAAAUACAGUUUGGAAUUCAUUGACUAAAAACAGCAAGUAGAGAAACUUGAGAUAAAGCGAGAAAAGUGAUUGAAGAAAAUAAAUGCAUAAUUUCUCAGUGAAUAAAGUUGUAGCUGUUAUAUAUUAAAUAGGAAAGUUUACCUGCUGGUAUUUAGAAAACAGCUCAAAUAUGAAAAACCAUGUUGCAUUAAUCUGUCUUAAGUAAUAGCCUUUUUAUAGUUUUAUGUAGGGUGGUGGUUUAUUUUCUGCUUAGGGAUAGUUCAUAAUAGUAAGAACUGUCCCUUCUAUUAGUGAGUUAUGUUUGUACAAAUUGAAAUUGUAAGUUGUGAGCACUGGAAAGCACCAUUGUGACAUAAACAUCAUAGUAAUAUAUGUAAAUGGAAGUUAAAAUUGCAUUACUGUGAAACUUAACCUUCCAACUCUUUUAUUAUUAAAAAGAAAUCUUUUUAUUUUUAUUCUUAAAUACAAUUAGUUUCUCUGAUUAUAACCCAUAAUCAGUGUCACCUAAAAUAGAAAAAUCUCUACAGAACAACCACCCCAGGUGUCUCUGUCUCUGUCUCUCUCUCUGUCUCUCUCUCUCUCCCUCCCCCCCCCCCAUUUCUAGGGCAGUUGUACUCAGAAAAAGCAGAGCUGAAUUUGUCAAAUUGCUGUCUACAUUUAGAGGCUCUCAUGGAAAUAAGGGAGAGUCAGACACCAGAGUAAUAAAACUAAAAGCUUUCCAUGAUGAAACCAUCUUGUGGACUAUUCUGAGCAGUCUUAGACGUUGGUGGUCUCUCUGCCGAUCCCAGCUCUGGACACUAGCACGCGCACUUGGGAACCAAUGGCUUAGCUCACUUGCCAUACGGUUGGUCAUGGUGCAUUUCUGGUGAGUAAGUCAGCAGGACAGUCAUGACCCAGAGGUGAAGCAAAGCCAUAUAGAUAAUUACAAACACUCAUGCUAUGGAGUGUCUUCGGAGAAAAAUUCCCAGGCGGAUACUAAACUGGUCAGUGGAGCUAGCAGCUUUGCAAAGCUUACCAUACAUUCCUGCCAGAUUAGUUUCUGUGUUAUUAAGAAGAUCAGGAACAUUUCGCAGGCAUGUCUCUUCACCACUGUCAAUUCCAGACAUGGUAAUGGAGGAUCCGGUGGAGACAGAGUGCACCUGCUGCUCCAGGCGCUCUAGUUGGAAGGCUAAGGAGCUCUUUUCUGUGCUGAGGUUCUCUAGUAUGGGCAGCUGCUGGAUGAGUGUCUCUGUCAGCUGAUGGAGUUGGCUUUCUCGUUCCGACUGGCUGCUGUUACUUAAAGUUUUGUUGGUAAGCUGGUUCCUCUCAAUCUUUAAUCCUGCUUUACAGGGUGUUCUUUGUUCCAUGUAAUGAAAUUCCUGUUUUAUCUGGUCCAGUUUUGUCUCCAGCUCUUGUUUAGAGGUUUUCUGCCUAGCUUUCUGGUCUUGCAGAUCGUGUAAUUGUUCUCUUGCUGAUUCUGCUUCACCAACCUGCUGAGCCUCCAUAUCCUGCAACUCAGAUCUCAGCUGAUGUAUGUGGCUCAUCCUCUUCUGGAUCUCCUCCUUUUGCAUCUCCUUCUCGUGCCGAAGUUCUAGCUCCAUGUUGCCAGCAGUGCUGCUGUCUGGGCCUUCAAAACUGGAGCCUUCCUUUAAACUGUUUAUCAAUUUUUCUUUAGACUGGAGUAUUGUGUAGCUUUCUGCUUGUGGUCAAUUAAUUCCUGCUUAGAAGACUCCAAGCUCGACCUGUGUAGCUUGACUUGCUGCUGGAGCUCAUCAACCUCCUUCUCCUCAGAGUACUUUCUUUCUGCCAGAGUAACCGCUUCUGCCAAAUUCUGAUGUUCUGCUUCCAUUUUAUUAAGGCGUGCAGUAAACUCACUUUGCAUCUGUUUGUAGCUCUCCUGCUCUCUCUUCAGAGUGGCACCCACCUCAUGCAGCCUCUCCUGAAGAGUUUGCAGAGCGUGGUUCUGUAGACUACUGCCUUCAUUGUUCGUGACUUUUCACUCUGCAAGGCUUCCAGUGCUUCCGUGGUCAGCCUCUUGCUGCAGUCGCACUUUGAGCACAGCCAGCUGGAAUCCUUUGCAGCCACUGCGUCAGUAAGGUCAUCAACUUGGGCUCGUAGUUCCUGGAUUAUUCGAUCACUUUUUGAAUGGUCAACAUUCCAUUUUUCAACUCUUGCCCUUGCCUUAUUUAAUUCUUCUUGAGUUUCUUUGGAUCUCUGAAGUAGUGUUAACUCUUACGUGUCAGAAUUGUGUUAGUGGAUAAUUCUUAAAAGCUUUGAAAACACUGCACGAUUCGUGUAACCCAGAAUUAUUUCUUUGUAACUCAUUUAGCUUGGCAAACGCUUUUGAUUUGGUGGGUUGAUAACAUGGUGUAUUUACUCAGUUGAAAACAAUUAUUUCUAAAUACUAUUUUUUAAUCAUCUACCAGAUGGAGCAUACAAUAAAACUACCUGUACUAAAAAUUGGGAAAACUUUAGAUCAUUUUAAAAGUAUUAAUAAUCGUUAGCUGCAUCAAUGAUAAAAGUGUUCUGUUUACCUAGAAAUGAUAAACAUUUAAAGUGUUAACAUCCUAUGAAUGCAGUGGAUUAAUAGAAUAAACAUUUUGCAAAAAUCACUUGGUAAAGAUUAUAAACUUUAUUUUUGCACUUAAAAUGAAAAAUAUUUUGUUGAAAGGUGUCACAGAUGUAGUUUCCAAUUUCUUGUAAGCUUGUGUGAUUUACUGGUAGUCCAUUAAAACACUGCAAGUUGCAUUUUUGCAGUGCUGCCCUUGAACCCAGGACCUUCCACAGGCCCCAUAAGUGUUCUGCACUGACAUAUAACCCUAAUUUCUCAAAGUUCUGAAUGAAAUUCAAGAAGAAUUUCUUUUGAAAAAAUACUGAGUGUAAAAAUUUUUUAAAGCAUAGGAUUUUUAAUUUCCCUCAGUACUUCUAAGUAGCUCCCAUUUGAUGGGAGUGUAUGUGGGAUUGGGGGGCAAUGAAAAUUUGUAAUAUAUAUAAUAUAUAUUCACAGUGUGUAUUUGGCAGUUAUUUUAUUGCAGCAGAUUUAGGUUUGAUGAUGCCUGUGAGUUGUGUGAAACUGACUUUUGCCCAUCGUUUCUAUUAAAGCCAAUUGGAUUGGUGUUCAUAAUGUUUCAACUACUUUUGGUUCUUGAGAUGGGGGAAUUUGAAUAUCAAAGUUUUCUCUUCACCCUAUGGCUUAGCAUUUUCUUGCAUUGUUGAAGGCCAAAAGUAGAUAAAGUGUAUUUUAGGGUUCUUGCAUGAAAGAGCAAAAUCCCACAGGUUCAUCACUUUGCGCUUCAUAGAGAAUGUACGCAGAGGGGCAUGGCAGAACCUUCUCGUCUUCUGUCUUGAUAAUAUCAAAUGUCUGUCUCUAAGGAAUCUCAAUUUUGCCAAAUAUAGUCAUUGGCAUUUAAAAUAGAGAUCUAUCUAAAUUUUUGCCCAACUGUAUUUUGGAGACAGAUGAGACCUUUAAAUGCUGAGGGGUUUGUUGUCUUACCUGCAUAUUUUGCAUAUAAUCCAAUGAUAUGCAGAGUUUUAAUUUAUUUUUAGUUCUUAAAGUUAAGGUAGCUUCAAUAGUCUACAUUCCUUUUUCUUUUUAAAUAACUAGAUUUGCUUUUCAAAGACUUGGGGAUUGAAUUAAGUUAGUGUCUUUCACUGAGGGUAAAGUGAACAAGAAAGUAUUGAACAGUUUGGAGCACUGUGUCUAGUUUUGUUAGUUCUGUGUGGCCUUACUAAUCAGUCUCUUGGCUUAAAUGUUCGCUGCUUUUACUUUGACACAGUUGAUGAACACCACUGGGGUUCAGUUCCUGAUGUUUGUGUUGGCAAUAUAUUUUAACCAUAUUUUAAGAGUAUCAAUUCUGGCUUUUUAUGGAAAAGAUAAAAAUCAAACAGUAUAUUCCUUUUGAGGGUUUUUUAAUACGUAAAUAUAUAUAAAUAUAAUAUAUGAUGGAUUUUUUCUAAUUUUUUAUAUUUCCUUACAAUUUGUGGGUAUUAAUCUAAUGUUAGACUCUGGCAUAUACUAAGUAGCUAGUCUGGACUUUCAAAAAACAUGCAUGGAAAUUCCAGUUUUUAUUAGCUGAAUGAGGAUAUUUAGAAAUCUCUUUUAAAAGUGACCUGAUUACUAAAUAUCUUAAUGUUUAUUUUUAAACUAACAAUUUGUUAUGUCUUAUUAGGCAGUUCUAAGUUGCAGCUCAGAUGUCUGUGAGCUGUGGGCCAAGCAUUCUGUUUUCAGUUCUAUAGCACAGAACACUGAUUAGUAUUGUAAAGAGACAUCCACAUCAUUGUUCUGGUUUUGUUUUUUCAGCAGGUUCAGGUGUCCCUUGAGUGACGUAUCCUAAAUGUGGGGGAGUGGGGUGUCAGAACCAGUUACCUGGCUUCUAUUUUGUCCGUAGCUUAGAUUUGUCCCUGUUGUCAAAACUAUCCCCCAAUGGUAUAGCACAUACUCAUGCAUAAACUGUUAAAUGAACAUCUUUGUAUUUGUAUUCAUUCGUUUUCAACAUUGCCAAGGUGCUAUGGGAAAUUACAGUUACAAAAUUAGAAAAAAAUAAAAUUAUCAAAAA